UGUUUACCUUACAUCUGAUUCUCUCCUCUCUGUUUGGUGUUUGGAAAAAAGAAAGUGCUUAAGAAAGUUUCGAUGUGCUGAUAGUAUUAGUACUUGCAGAAACAUUUCAAAUGUUUAGUAAUUUAAUCGGCAUUUUGUAAAUUAAUUCCGCGAAGAAUCUUUUCCCAAAUUCUUAAGCAACUUUCUUUGACAGACUUCCCAAUAAAGGUAGCAAAUAGAUCGGAUCGAUCGGAUCGGUUGCUUUUCAGAACAGGGAGGGGCUGCGCUGGUGCUGCUGGCCUCCAGCCUACAACAUGUAUUAUCUUAACGAACCAACUCUUCCCUCGACGGAAAACUACGCCCAAAGAGAAGCACACGCAUCCAACUUAGAGCUAAAGACUGUAUCCAUUAACCCCGAUGAUACCUACACGGUUCAGCAAGCUAUUAAUGCAUUCGGAUUUGGAUGGUUUCAUGUGAAGUUGUCCCUGUUAGUGGGGCUCUGCUGGAUGGCAGACUCCAUGGAGAUGGCUAUUCUGAGCAUAAUCGGUCCGGCAUUGUUCUGCGAGUGGAACGUAACCAAGUUCCAGCAGGCUUCUGUGACAACAAUUGUGUUUUUGGGAAUGAUGAUCAGCUCUACUUUUUGGACCCAGCUGAGCAACAGAUAUGGCCGCAAAUCGGCACUUACAUUGUUUGGAGUAUUAUUAGUUUUAUAUAGCAUCCUAAGCUCAGUUGCCCCCAGCUAUGCUUGGCUUUUAACGCUGAGAGGGCUCGUUGGGUUCACCAUCGGAUGCGUCCCGCAAUCUGUGACGUUGUAUGCAGAGUUUCUGCCCACCAAGCACAAGGGGAAGUGCGUUGUCCUAAUGGAUUGCUUCUGGGCAUUGGGAGCGUGCUUCGAGGUGGUCUUGGCCUUGGUUAUAUAUCCCUACUUUGGAUGGCGAGGACUUUUGGGAUUGUCGGCGACCCCGCUAUUAAUUUUCACACUGCUCUCCCCGUGGCUUAGCGAAUCAGCUCGAUAUCACUCAAAUAAUGGACGUAAUGAUAAAGCUCUAAAGGUUCUGGAACAGAUAGCUCAGAAUAAUAAGCGUCAUAUGCUUAUUGGUCGAUUGAUUGCCGAUGAAGAGCCCAACUCCACCGAGAGCUUCAGGUCCCUUCUGAGUCCCAGCCUGUAUCGGACCACUCUGUUGUUAUGGUUUAUAUGGCUAGCUUCGGCAUUCUGCUAUUACGGAUUGGUGCUUGUUACCACAGAGCUGCUGGUUGCCAGAAACAAGGAAAGAUAUCCCAAUGAGUGCGUCACAUUUAUGACUUCAGAUUUCAUGGACUUACUCUGGAUCACCCUGUCGGAGUUUCCCGGCAUACUGUUGACAAUAAAAGUGAUUAAACUGUUCGGAAAGAGGAAAACAAUUGUCUUACAAUACUUAGUGCUUGUCUUCUGUACAUUCGUGUUAACGACAGUCUCGAGUCGAUUCUCCACUUCAGUGACUCUCUUCAUUGCCAGAGGAGCGAUUUCCGGAAUAUUCCAAGCGAUAUAUGUCUACACUCCGGAAAUAUAUCCCGCUGCUCUCAGAUCGAUGGGUGUCUCUGGAUGCUCUGUGCUGGCCCGACUCGGCGCCAUGCUUACCCCAUUCGUGGCCCAAGUGCUGAUGGAGACCUCCAGAGUACAAGCCGUAUCCAUCUAUGGAUUCGUUGGAUUCCUCGCAGCCAUCGCGUGCGCUUUUCUGCCCCGUGAGAGUGUGGGAUAUCACUAGUUGUGUGGCGGAAUGAAGGGAAAAUUCAUAUUACACAUCUUCUAAAUGUUAUGUCCGAUGCCUACCCAAAACUAUUUCCAACCAGAUCUAAAGCAUUUGCCUAGUUUUGGGCUUAUGUGCUAUAAUGACUAGCAAAACUAGUUUCUUGGUUGUCGAAAAACUAAAAUAAGUUUUCUUAUUUUCAGUAUUUUCAAUACAGUAACGGAGCUUUAAAGUGUAUUGCAACAAAACGAUGAUUAUUUUCAAGAGAAAUGUAGCUUUUUUCUUACAUUCAGUUGAAAGAUACUAGAAAUCGCCCUUUACCACAAAGAUUGAGCGCAUUCUUUUCAGUUGGUGUUCCUAAUCCUAAACACGCUAGGAAAGCUGGAAAUUGGGGGAUGAAUCAUCUAAAACUGAGAGAAAAAGCUCAAGAAUUUCUCUAUGAGAUUUGAUCAAAUGAUGAUCAUGCUCUAGGUUUCUAAGCUUUUGCAGUUCCCUUUGGGACCAGAUGGUUCUAUAUUCAGUAUUCGGAAUAAUUAGACUCGGAUGCUUAGCCCCCCCUUACACAUCACGUCGAAUAGUCAUCCAAACCACAAUACACAUAUUUUAUAAUUCAUCCUGUGUUUAUUACAAAAUGUAAACAUAAUAUAAAUCUUUAAAUUAU